AUGGGGCAGCCCGGGAACGGCAGCGCCUUCCUGCCGGCGCCCAACGCGAGCCACACGCCGGGCGCUGACCCCGCGCAGGAGCGGGACGAGGCGUGGGCGGUAGGCCUGGGCAUGGUCAUGGCGCUGAUCGUGCUGGCCAUCGUGUUCGGCAACGUGCUGGUCAUCACGGCCAUCGCCAGGUUUGAGCGCCUGCAGACGGUCACCAACUGCUUCAUCACGUCGCUGGCCUGCGCGGACCUGGUCAUGGGGCUGGCCGUGGUGCCCUUCGGGGCCAGCCACAUCCUCAUGAAGAUGUGGACCUUUGGCAACUUCUGGUGCGAGUUCUGGACGUCCGUGGACGUGCUGUGCGUCACGGCCAGCAUCGAGACGCUGUGCGUGAUCGCCGUGGACCGCUACUUGGCCAUCACGUCGCCCUUCAAGUACCAGAGCUUGCUGACCAAGAACAAGGCCCGGGUGGUCAUCCUGGUGGUGUGGGUGGUGUCGGGCCUCACCUCCUUCCUGCCCAUCCAGAUGCACUGGUACCGGGCCACCCACGAGGAGGCCAUCAGCUGCUACGCUAGGGAGACCUGCUGCGACUUCUUCACCAACCAAGCCUAUGCCAUCGCCUCCUCCAUCGUGUCCUUCUACUUGCCACUGGUGGUCAUGGUCUUCGUCUACUCAAGGGUCUUCCAGGUGGCUCAGAGGCAGCUGCAGAAGAUCGACAAGGCCGAGGGCCGCUUCCACACUCAGAGCCUUGGCCACCUGGAGCAGGAUGGGCGGGGUGGGCACGGCCUACGGAGGUCCUCCAAGUUCUGCUUGAAGGAGCACAAGGCCCUGAAGACGCUGGGCAUCAUCAUGGGCACCUUCACCCUCUGCUGGCUGCCCUUCUUCAUUGUCAACAUCGUGCACGUGAUCCAGGACAACCUCAUCCCCAAGGAAGUGUACAUCCUCCUAAACUGGGUGGGCUACGUCAACUCUGCUUUCAACCCCCUCAUCUACUGCCGGAGCCCGGACUUCAGGGUGGCCUUCCAGGAGCUGCUGUGCCUGCGCAGGCCUCUGAAGGCCUGUGGGAACGGCUACUCCGGCAACAGCAAUGGCAGGACCGAUGACACCGGGGACCCUAGCGGGUACCACCUGGAGCAGGAGAAGGACAGCCAGCAGCUGUGCGAGGACCCCCCGGGCGCGGGAGGCGUGGGGAGCCGCCAAGGUACUGUGCCCAGCGCUCGCGGUGACUCCCGAGGCAGGAGCUGCAGCACGGACGACUCGCUGCUCUGA